CUUAGCUUAGCCGGGCUGGGCUGGGCACGGCUCGGUGCGGCGCGAUCGGAGCGCCAUGAACCGCUUCAAGGCGUCCAAGUUCCGGCACACCGAGGCCCGGCUGCCCCGCAGGGAGGCAUGGAUUGGGGGUAUCCGAGCAGGCUCCAUCGCAUCCUGUGGGAACCACGUGAAGUCCAGCUGCUGCUGGGUCGCAUUCAAUGCCGAGGCAGCAGGUGUGUUGGGCAUCGUGCCGCUGGAGUGCGAGGAUGGGGGCAAGAGGACCGUGUCCCAGCUCUGCUGCCACUCAGACGUGGUCACAGACUUUGACUUCUCACCCUUCGAUCAGCUCCUGCUGGCCACAGGCUCUGCUGAUGAGAUGGUGAAGGUGUGGCGCCUGCCCGAGAGCGGCCAGGACAUGCCCAGUGGCGCGGGGCUGACCCUGGGGCCUGGGGGGGGCCCAGUGGACGUGCUGCAGUUCCACCCCACGGCGGAUGGAGUCCUGGCCAGCGGCGCAGGGAAGGGAGUCACCGUCUGGGACCUGGGGCAGCAGCAGCCCCUGACAGCCCUGGACUCCCACGGGGACCAGCUGCAGAGCCUGACCUGGAAGCGAGACGGCCACCUCCUUGGCACCUCCUGCAAGGACAAGAAACUGCGGAUCUUUGACCCCCGAGCCAGCCCAGCUGCCUCCCAGAGUGUCCCGGGACACGAGAACAACAAGGACUCCCGGCUGCUCUGGAUGGGCUCCAGCGAUUGCCUCAUCUCCAUCGGGUUCAGCCAGAUGCGGGAGCGGGAGGUGAAGCUGUGGGACACACGGCGAUUCAGCGGAGCGAUGCUCACCAUGGCACUGGACACCUCACCUGGGGUGACCAUCCCACUGUAUGACGCCGACACGGGGCUGCUGGUGUUGGCAGGGAAGGGAGAAAACCUCCUGUACUGCUUUGAGGUGGCCCCCACGCAGCCAGCGCUCACCCAGGUGACCCAGUGCCGGACAGAGGGCUGCACGUGGGGCCUGGCGGCCGUGCCACGCCGGGCCCUGGACGUCAUGGCCUGCGAGGUGCUGCGUGUCCUGCAGCUCACCGACACUGCCCUCGUCCCUGUCAGCUACGUGGUGCCACGCAAGUCUGUCCAAGACUUCCAUGAGGAUCUGUUCCCUGACUGCACUGGGACCCUGCCGGCCACCAAUGCCCAAGCCUGGUGGGCAGGCGACAACCAGCAGGUGGGGAGGGUGAGCCUGCACCCUGCACGGAGAUCCACAGAGACCUUCACCUCCCCUGUCAUCGCCUUCACCCACCACACCAACACUGGCCACACCGACACCGAUAUCAGCCACGCCGACACUGACAUCGGCCACACGGACACCGACAUCGGCCACACCGACGCCGACCGGAGUGAGGCCAGUGGCUACUCCUCGCCAUCCUCGCUGGCCUCGCCAGGCAGUGCAGCCACCUCGCUCUCAGCCAGCACCGGCCCCUCCAGCGGCUUCGCCAGCAGCCCCAGCCAGAAGUCCCUGCAGAGCAUUUUGGGGCCCAGCUCCCGCUUCCGGCACGCGCAGGGCCGGGUGCUGCACCGCGACUCCCACCUCACCAACCUGCGGGGGCUCAGCCUCACCACACCGGGCGAGUGCGACGGCUUCUGUGCCAACCACCAGCGCGUCGCCCUGCCCCUGCUCACCACCGGCGGCCAGAUCGCCGUGCUCGAGCUUUCCAAGCCCGGCCGCCUCCCCGACACAGCCGUGCCCACCAUCCAGAACAGCGUGGCAGUGGCCGACCUCUCCUGGGACCCCUUUGACCCGCGGCGCCUCGCUGUGGCCGGUGAAGACGCCAAGAUCCGGCUGUGGCGGAUCCCUGAGGGAGGGCUGCAGGAGACACUGCAGGAGCCUGAAGCCAUUCUCCAAGGUCACACGGAGAAGAUUUACUCCAUCCGCUUCCACCCCGUGGCAUCCGAUCUCCUGGUUUCCUCCUCCUACGACAUGACCGUGCGGAUCUGGGAUCUGAGCGCCGAGCAGGAAGUCUUGUGCCUGCAGGGACACACAGAUCAGAUCUUCAGCAUGGCUUGGAGCCCAGAUGGGAAGAAGCUGGCGACAGUGAGCAAAGACGGACGGAUACGGCUCUACGAGCCGCGGUGCAGCCCUCAGCCUCAACAGGAGGGUCCAGGUCCCGAGGGGGGACGCGGAGCACGCCUGGUUUGGGUUUGCGGUGGCGACUACCUCCUGGUGUCCGGCUUUGAUAGCCGCAGUGAGAGGAGGAUCCUCCUGUACCGGGCACAGGCUCUGCCUGAGGGACCCUUGUCCGUCCUCGGGCUCGAUGUGGCCCCUUCCACCCUCCUGCCCUUCUACGAUGAGGAUACCAGCGUUGUCUUCCUCACUGGCAAGGGUGACACCAGAGUCUUUCUCUAUGAGGUGACUCCUGAGCCCCCCUAUUUCCUUGAGUGCAACAGCUUCACCUCCAACGAACCCCACAAGGGCUUCGUCUUCCUGCCCAAAACGACGUGUGAGGUGCGGGAGGUGGAGUUCGCCCGCGCGCUGCGCCUGGGGCAGAGCACCCUGGAGCCCGUGGCUUUCCACGUGCCACGUGUCAAGAAGGAGUAUUUCCAGGACGACCUCUUCCCGCCGACCCGCGUCUGGUGGGAGCCGGCCCUGGGUGCCGGUGCCUGGCUGGCGGGGCAGGACGGGCAGCAGCGCCGCGCCAGCCUGUGCCCGGCCGGCAUGGUGCCAGUGAGCGAGGCCCCGAAAGAGGCUCCGGCUCGGAAGUUCGUCCCUGCAUCCGUGUACCUGGAGGAGAAGUCGGACGAGCAGAAGAAGGAGGAGCUCCUGAGUGCCAUGGUGGCCCGGCUGGGCAACCGAGAUGACCCGCUGCCCCAGGACUCCUUCGAGGGGGUGGAUGAGGACGAGUGGGCCAAGUACCUGGCACAGAUCAUCCUGGUGGGGGCCCAGGUGGUGGGACGGGCCUUCAUGCGGGCGCUGCGUCAGGAGUUCGCAGCGAGCCGGGCAGCAGCCGAUGCACGAGGACGCUCCGAGAGGCCCCAGUCUGCUGCCGCCUCCAGGAUCAUCGGCAUCAGCCUCCAGGAAGCUCAGCAGAUCCUCAAUGUCACCAGCCUCAACCCUGAGGAGAUCCAGAAGAACUACGACCACUUGUUCAAGGUGAACGACAAGUCUGUGGGAGGCUCCUUCUACCUGCAGUCCAAGGUGGUGAGAGCCAAGGAGCGGCUGGACGAGGAGCUCCGCAUCCAGGCCAAGGGCGACAAGGAGAAGGAGCGGAAAGCUGAGACGUGACUCCCGCCACCCCUGGCCCCCGUGUCCCUCUCACCCUUAACUUAUAGGUGGCCAAUAAACACCGUGUCCUCCAGCA